UCUGAAGACUCAGGGACGUCAUCAGAGAAAUGGACACGUACCAAGGGGUUCUGGCGGUCCUUUAUCGCAAUGUGUCUGCCAUUGCUGCUCUCCGCCCUUGAGGGGAGCGUCACAAACACCGCCCUACCGACUAUCUCUGACGCGCUCAAUCUCGGCACCAAGUUCUCGUGGGUUGCUACUGCUUUCCUUCUCGCAAGCACGAUCUUCCAGCCGCUGUAUAGCCAGCUUGGAGAUAUGUGGGGAAGGAAGAUCCCAAUGAUGACAGCUGUCACCGUCUUCGCCAUCGGAAGUGCGGUGUGCGGUGUCGCGAAUUCCGGUGCUGUCCUUAUCUUUGGACGAAUCGUUCAAGGUCUUGGUACAGGCGGCAUUGACUUGUUUGCCGAGAUGAUCCUGUGCGACAUCAUACCUUUGCGGAAGCGAGGCCCGUACCUUGCAAUUAAGCACAUCGUAUUCGCCAUAGGGACCUGCCUUGGACCACUCCUUGGCGGUGUCUUCGCGGAGAUCAAUUGGCGAUGGUGUUUCUAUAUCAACAUCCCCGUCUGUUUUAUAGCCUUUGUCAUCAUCUACUUGUGGCUUGAUGUCGGCGGAGGCAUGAAAUCCCAAGACGUUUCCGUCUUAGGUGAACUUAUGAAGGUCGACUACCUAGGCACUGGACUACUCACUUUCUCCGUAGUCAUGCUGCUCAUCUCGCUCAGCACAGGCGGUGCACCCAAUCCAUGGUCUCAUUGGUCUAUCAUCACACCCAUGGUUUUUAGUGUCCUUGGCUUCGUUGCGCUUGCCUUCUGGGAACGCUCGAAGCGCUGCAAAUAUCCGAUCAUGCCACCGCAUGUAUUCUCAAAUCGCACAACUGUCAUUUCCUUCGCCUUGACAACUAUCCAUGGUUUCAUCACCUAUGGCUUCCAAUUCUAUCUUCCACCGUUCUUCCAGGCUGUGAAGGGAUCAUCGCCAAGUCAGUCUGGAGUCGAAGUUAUGCCCACAACACUGGCAGUCGUGAUGUGUGCUGCCAUUGGCGGCCCGCUCAUGACCCUCUGGGGCAAGUACAAGCCGAUGCACAUUGUUGGUUUCGGAAUUAUGACCACCGGCCUAAGCUUGUGCGUACUUCUAGGCCCUUCGACUCCAUUCUCGGUCUGGCUCAUUCUCCAGCUUGUCGUCGCUGGGGGCCUUGGAAUCGUCAUCUCCACGAUGCUGGCAGCCGUUCAGGUCAAGCUGCCUGAGAGCAGCACUGGCGCAGCAGCCGGAUCCUGGGCUUUUCUUCGCGGCACAGGAUCUCUCUUCGGUGUUGCUGUUCCUGGUGCUGUGUUCAAUGUGCGCUUCACCUCGCUUCUGUCUACCAUCCCUAGCAAGAACGCGCGCUGGCAACUCGCAAAGGGGCAAGCAUACCAACACGCAUCUGCAGCCUUCGUCAGCAGCUUUGGCCCGAAGAACAAGGUACAGAUCGUUAACACUUUCAAUGAAAGUUUGAAAAGCGUUUGGAUUGUAUUCGCUAUUCUCGCUGGCAUUGGGUUCCUGAUGACCUUCGGAGAGAAGCAACACAAGAUGCGCAAGCAACUUAACACCAAGUACGGCUUGAAGAGCGCACCGCAGACACCGGCACCAACAGCACCGCCAACUAUGCCUCCUACUGCAAUGCCUACGCCAGUCAUGACACGCUUCGAUGGGAUGUCCGAGUAUCCGAUGAUGGAGAUUCCAUUGCAGGAGCGACCAAGAGAGACUGUUUGAGAUGACACCAAACUGUACAGUGGUGCAUAGCGCGG